GCUUCAUAAUUCCUGCCGACACUCGAAACGUUUAUAACGCUAUUUAUAACAAAUUACCGGGUAACUAAACCCUGCCCCCCGACUCAAAAUAAUGAAAAAACGUCACUUUCUAGAUGGAGCAUAUCAUUAGGCUACCGACGUGGGACCUUUAUUGUUCUCGCUGUAUCCUACCACGUCCGUCUACUACAAAGAUUAGGUUAUCUGUUGGCAUGCGGUCGCUCAGAGGGACUUACUCUGAAAACAUUGUUUUGACAGCGCGGUGUCUGUUUGGAAAGGCGAUGCAUGGUUGGUGUUAAAGGAGUCUUGGAUUCUGACUGCAGCGCGCAGUCAAAAGCGGACUUGUGCUGAGCGUGGACUCAACACUCUUGGAAAAACUUUCAGCGCUCAGAUGUGGAGGUGUGUGCGAGUCCGCAGGCUAAACGUCCGCGCUGCUCAAAAGCUGACAGUUCGUAUUGGUUUGUUUUGCCUUGCGUGCAUUCAGGGAGCUGGCUUUUUCGUUAUUACAUGUGUAAUAUAAAUGCAUAUGAAAUAGUUAUAUUUAUGUAUUCAAAAUGUUAACUGAUGGUAAAAUUUGAGAUGAGAUUCCAUGUAGCCUACGGUUAACUCUGAUAACGGUUUUUCAUACAGCUGAUUUUAACAAUGCUGAUACCCGCUGAAUGAAUUUUAAGCAAUGGAAUAGGCCAGAAGGGAGAGACGAAAGGCACCAGUGUCAGCGCACUCUCCUUAAAUCUAUUUAGACCAGAACACAACCGCACACAAAAUAUUUUAUUUUACAGUAAUUACAUGUAGAAAUAGACUAAUAUAUUUCCAUCAUAUUUAAUAUAUGUACACCUGAUACACACAAAGUCAUUUUUGUUCCUAUAAACAAACCUGGAAGCUGCCUUUAAAAUAUUUUCGUUGUAAAGAUGAAUUUAUACAUUUUGAGUCUCUUCCUUACUUUGGAUUUAACCUCACUGGCUUCGAGUUUGUCAACAUGCAGCACGUUAGAUAUGGAUCAGUUCAUGAAGAAGCGCGUGGAAGCGAUCCGCGGGCAGAUCCUCAGCAAGUUAAAGCUCACGAGCCCCCCGGAACACUACCCCGAGCGCGAGGAGGUGUCCAGGGAAAUUAUCGCAAUCUACAACAGCACGCGCGACCUGCUACAGGAGAAAGCCAACCAACGCGCUGCGACAUGCGAACGACAGCGGAGCGAGGAGGAGUAUUACGCCAAGGAGGUGCACAAGAUCGAUAUGCAGCCUUUUCAUCCCUCUGAAAAUGUCAUCUCUCACAUGCACUAUAGCCCUUACUUCAGGAGGCUCACAUUUGACGUGUCAUCUAUGGAGAAGAACGCCUCCAACCUGGUGAAGGCGGAGCUCCGGGUCUUUCGCUUACAAAACCCAAAGGCCCAUGUAUCUGAACAGAGGAUUGAGCUGUACCAGAUUCUAGGACACAAAGACUUGACAUCGCCAUCACAGCGCUACAUUGACAGUAAGGUGGUGCGCACACACACAGAGGGGGAGUGGCUAUCCUUCGAUGUGACAGAAGCUGUCAGUGAAUGGCUACUUCACAGAGACAGAAACAAUGGCUUCAAGAUCAGCUUACACUGCCCAUGUUGUACAUUUGUGCCAUCAAAUAACUACAUAAUACACAACAAGAGCGAGGAGCUGGAGAUCAGGUUCGCAGGUAUAGAUGACAGUCUCUUACAUGGUGGGGAUCUGAAGGCGUUGAAAAGGCGCCGACCCACUGGACAGAACCCUCACCUGCUACUAAUGCUACUGCCCUCUUAUCGCCUGGAGUCACAGCACAAGAGUCACCGACAGAAACGCGCUGUGGACACUGCCUUCUGCUCCAGGAACAUGCAGGACUCCUGCUGCCUGCGCUCUCUGUACAUUGACUUCAGAAGGGACCUGGGCUGGCGAUGGAUCCAGGAGCCCAGAGGUUACCAUGCCAACUUCUGUGCCGGAGCGUGUCCUUACCUGUGGAGUGCAGACACACAGCACAGCAAGGUCCUGGGCUUGUACAAUGCCAUCAACCCUGAAGCGUCCGCCUCACCCUGCUGCGUAUCUCAGGACCUGGAGCCCCUCACCAUCCUCUACUACAUUGGCAAGAGCCCCAAGAUCGAACAGCUGUCCAACAUGAUUGUGAAGUCCUGCAAAUGCAGUUAGGAACACAUUCAAGCUCCCAUAAACACACACGCACACACCACACACACACACACCCACAGUCCAGAAUAGUAUUACAAGUUCACACACACACACACACCACACACACCACACACACAAUCACACACA